GCAUGUGAUCAAUGUCUAUUCUAAUGUGAUUCUGAGUUAGGAUCGAGAAAUAACAUACUUCGUCAAAAUGAUGCCCGAAUUAUCCUUUAAUAUUGAUCACGGUUAUUUAGAAGGUAUUGUUAGGGGAUUCAAAUCGGGAAUACUGAAGCAAUCUGAUUAUUUGAAUUUGGUACAGUGUGAAACACUCGAGGACUUGAAACUUCACCUUCAGAGUACAGACUAUGGAAAUUUCUUGGCAAAUGAACCGAGUCCACUGGCAGUUUCCGUCAUUGAUGACAGACUGCGAGAAAAACUCGUUAUUGAAUUUCAACAUCUGAGGAACCACUGUAUUGAGCCACUUGCCACAUUUCUUGAUUACAUCACAUACAGUUACAUGAUCGAUAACAUCAUUUUGCUCAUUACCGGCACGCUGCACCAACGCCCAAUCAAUGAGCUCAUUCCAAAAUGUCACCCGCUGGGCAGUUUCGAACAGAUGGAGGCGAUACACAUUGCGUCGACGCCGGCCGAGCUGUAUAAUGCAGUGUUAGUCGACACUCCACUUGCUGCCUACUUCAUCGACUGCAUCUCAGAACAGGAUCUGGACGAGAUGAAUAUAGAGAUUAUUCGAAACACUUUAUACAAGGCAUAUUUAGAGGAUUUUUACAGUUUCUGCAAACAGCUAGGUGGAGCCACUGCAGAGGUGAUGUGUGAAGCUCUGGCUUUUGAGGCGGACCGCCGUGCUUUCAUCAUCACGAUCAACUCGUUUGGCACGGAGCUGAGCAAGGAGGACCGUGAGAAGUUGUACCCAAAGUGCGGCAACCUCUACCCAGACGGGCUGUCCAUGUUGGCCAAGGCUGAGGACUACGACCAGGUCCGGCAGAUCGCAGACUACUACGCUGAAUAUAAGGAGCUUUUUGAUGGGGCUGGAACCAACCCAGGAGACAAGACACUUGAAGACAAGUUCUUUGAACACGAGGUCAAACUGAUGAAGCAGUCGUUCAUGCAACAGUUCCAGUUCGGAGUCUUCUACUCGUACGUCAAGCUGAAGGAACAGGAGUGCCGCAACAUCAUCUGGAUAGCGGAGUGCGUUGCGCAGCGGCAUCGCGCCAAAAUCGACAGCUACAUUCCAAUAUUUUGAACAGCUUACUGCUUGAUACAGCACCAUAUGGACAGAUCAGUGUAAAAGUGAUUUAUUGUGCAAUGUAACCCAUCCGCUAACUGAACUGUGUCCAGACAUUCAUUUUAGAUGGUGAUCCUUAGAGGCAAAUCAUAGUUUUAGUCAAACCGUUUAGUGCUAAAGUGUACUCAACAAAAUUAAUUAAGGAUCAAUUAGUGAUAGAAACACCACACUCCCCCCCCCCCCCCCACCCUGAAUUUUUCACUUGUGGGCUAGAAAUCUACUUAUCCAUCAGUAUUUUCACUUGUCCAAAUAAAUGGUUUGUUUUAUUCAAGAACAAGGAUCAUGUGUUUGAUUUCUCAAAAUAAAACUGCAUUGAGCAUUUUGACUUGUGUACUGGAAAACUGUUGAGGGACAUUUUGCUUGUUUGAGCAAAUCAUCACUUGUCAAGACAAACGGACAAGUGCUUAUUUCAAACACUGCAAUAGACCGUUUAGUCCAUUUUUGCUGGCCUAAAUGUUGUAGUUUGUUACCAAGUUUUUUUUUUACCACAGAAGCUUUCUAAACACUGGCUGAGUAAAUUUUGACCAGUAACGCAUGCAAAAAUACAAGAUUUGUAUGCCUUGAAUAACCAAAAGGACAUGUAUUUUGUAUCAAAAUGUGUCACACUGGAACAAAUUUUGUUUUAGCCAAUUUGCAGAUAAGCGUAGUAUUUGUUUGAACAUUAUUAAAAAGGCCAAAUGUUGUAACCGCUUUAGAUAAAAAUUAGCAGUUGACUAAUUUGGCAAUGUGAGCCCUGCAUUUAUAAAGAAAAAUUUUCUACUGGCCCUUAAUGAAUUUUGUUGAGUAUAUUUGCAUUCACCUUCCACAGUUCUGUCUGGUUGUGUGGUUUAGUUUGGGCUCAGCCGUGUGUUGUAAGAAAUAGACAUGUAGUAUACUCGGGAGGAUUCACCCCGUGUGAAUCUGUGUAGCAGUUGUUUUUGUUCUUCUCUCAAUUUCACAGGGCUUCUAGAUUAUCGUAGCCCCACUCCCAUGGCUAGUGAUUUUCAAUGUUGGGCUAGUAAAUAACUAUUAUUGCCAUGCCCGACAGGGCUUCUAGAUUAUCGUAGCCCCACUCCCAUGGC